GUCGGGCUGCCCGUGGGCUGCCGCGGGAGCUGGGGCGCUGAGCACCAUGAGCGGGGGUAGCCCCGCAUCCCCCAGCCGGGCCCGCCACAGGAAGCGGGAGGCGCUGGCAGCCGGGUCCCCGAUCCAGCCCAUCAUCAAAGAUGUUGGGGAAAUCUACUCAAGACUACUGGAUCACAGACCAAUAAUUCAGGGAGAAAUACGUUACUUCAUUAAAGAAUUUGAGGAAAAACGUGGCCUCAGAGAACUACGAGUACUUGAAAAUCUGAAGAACACAAUCUUUGAAACAAAUGAACACAUUCUUCCUAAGUGUGAGCAGGCAAUGAGUGACAAUUUGAAUGAAGUAUUCAAGAAAUUGCAAGCUGCCAAUGGUAUGAUGCAUAAACUCCAAGAGAAGGAGCAUGAAGAGAGGAAGCUUCAGGCAGACAAGCUGAUGGCUCGUGAAGAAAAGCACAUAGCCCACUGGGAGGAAUUCAUGAAAGAACAACAAAACAAAAGAGCAGAGGUGGAUGAAGAGCACAGAAAAGCUAUGGAGCACCUCAAAGAGCAGUAUUCUGAUAUGGAGAAGGAACUGGCCAAAUACGCUCAUUUUUAAGACCUUUCUUUUUUAAUAAUGCUGGGUUUGUGCCAAUACUCAGUUGCUUCUGACUUAAACUGCAAUUCUUUUGGGAAGCUGAAACACAGAAGAAAAAGAGCUUCCUCUACAGGUUUGGUAUGGGAAGAAGAGGUUUGCAUACUUUCAACUUAAGUGCCUAUUUGUGCUUGUUUUGUUCAGGGCAGGUGGAAUGCCAGUAUUUAUUCAUUUGUUGGAAGGUGGAACUGGAAAUUACAUUGCGUGACUACAUCAGCUCAGGGAAUUGUAAACUGGAAUUCUUUCCCAUCUGCAGAGACUAUCGUAUCAUUUGGGAAGAGAGAGACUAAUGUAACAUUAACUAGCCCAGUGUGCAGCCUCAGCUCUUUCCUGAAAAGUAGGUGUAAUAGGUUCCAGCCAUAGUUAGCUGAGAGUUCAUUGGGAAAACCAUAAAGCCCUUUCAUAGAUUUCAGGAAAACCAACUUCUUUUACAGAAUAUUUUAUUCUGAAGCUUUAGCAACUCUCGACAGAGUUUUAAACCCAGUUCUAAUUCCAGCUUUUGGGUUGUAUGUUCAGUAUUAUAGAGUUGGGAUUUCAAUGGGUUUUUGCUAACAUAAAAAUGACUAAGUGAGCUUGGACAACAGUUUCUUUUCUCUCUCUGUAAAUGUCUCAGGCCUCUCUUUUUAAGCUUUACUGUUCCAAGCAAAGCCAAAACAAGCUCAAAAGUAAUCAAGAGAAACAUAUUGGUCUUUGUAUUAGCUUUGUAGCUAGUACAGUAUUUACUUCAAAUAUUUGACAUGUUAUUGGUUUACUUAGGAUAAGCUUGUCAGAACUUUAUAGAGCAAUUGAGGAAAGAUUUUCGUUUCUUUAUCGGUAUAACAAAUGAGCAGAUUAGUGGUAAAAUAACCUAUAAUACUGAUCUGCUUUCUUACUAACUGUUACUCUUACAGGGUGUGCAAACCUCCUUUUGCUUUCUUUUAUUUACAGCUUGCAGUUAACAGCAGUGUAACUGAAAAAGUUAACUUGAUCAGUUCAUUAACCAAGCAAAAUGAGAAAUAGUCCCUUAAUGAAAUAUGCUGCAAGCUAAGCGUUAGUACAGGAAAUAUCUUUCCAUAAUUUAGCUGGUGUCCAGUAUAGAAUGGAAACAGGUAAAAAUAAACAGAAUUUGCCCUUUACCUGUAUUGCAACAGUAAUAUGCCAACAAUGGUUGCUUGUGUAAGUUUAUGGCUUCGUGUCAAGGCUCCGUUCCUGGCAGCCUGUUGAUAGUGUGAUUAAAGUUAGUAGAGGAGAUGGAAUAAGUAUUUGAGAUUUCUUUCAAUAACACUGAAUUCCUGCCAAGCUGCUCUGCCUGCUACUGUAGGCCCAACAGCUUCAUCAAUCAUCAUUGUGUAUCUGGACUGGAAAGAGGACUUGCCGACGCUGGGGCAUGCUGGAAUGUUGUUAAUUCUCUGUUGUGGAUGGAAAAAACGUAGAUGUCUCAAAAGUAUCCCACACAUGAAAAAUAGGAAAGCCUCUUUUAGAAAACCCCUAUUUGAAUAGAAGGUGACCUCUGUAGUAUUUUUCAGCUUAUGUACCCAUGAUGAAUGUUAUAACGAAGCUCAGACUUUAAAAAGUUAGUUCUUGCCUGUCUUCAGAAUUGAGUGUGGAAUAGUUUUGAUUGUUUUGAGCACAGACUAAAAGUGGCUUCUCUCUUGGAAAAUUAUUUGAUGUAUGUGCUCAAAGCCCACAUAUCUUUACAACAAAAUGCAUUUAAUUGCAUACUGAAUUAAUUUUUACUUUUGCACUGAUAAUUUUUAUUAAGAUUUCAAUAUCUAAUUAACUGUACACUGGAGCUGUAGAUUUUAGUAUUUCACCAGUUCAAGGGCUCUUAAGCAAUGAUUACAAAUGUUGCAAGUUGGAUAUUCACUGGAAAAUAAACCAAUAUUUCCAACAUUUUCUGGGAUACAUGCUCCUGAUUCUUUGGAAAGCUUCUAAAUGCCAGCACUAAAAAUGUGUUCAUCUUUUAGAAUGAUACAGGUAUUUUUAUACUGAAGAUUAUUUGAAAACACUUUUCUUCAUAGUCUGUAUCUGCCUGUUGGCCCACUCUUAUUCAUUGUGGCAACUGCCUGAAAACUGUGUUGCUGAAAUCCUUUAUUCAGAAUCUUUCACUUUUUUUAUAUGAUGUGCUGGAUGUUUUAAGGUUCUUGGAAAUACUUCAUUAUCUUUGAAGCAACUUGCCAAUAUUUAGAGGAAAACCUAUUUUUUCUGUCCAAAUGCUUAAACUCCCUUAGCCACCCCCCCAAAAAACACUGAUGUGUUAAAACUGAACAUACCUAAUGGAUAAAAAGGAUCCAUCUUCACUAGUUUUUUAGCAAGGUGGAACUAUGGUCUGUCUGGACACAACAGUUCCACAGUGGGACUCUUUUUGUGAGAUUUGGAUUCUUAUUAUUCACUAGUCUCCUGUAUGGGAGAAAUAUAAAAAUUAGUAGUUUAAAAGUUGGGUUUAUGCCGUUGGUGCAUGAAGAACAUGUUUUACCUUGCAAUAUUUACAUGACUGAAUUUCAUAGUUUUGAAAGUCUUGAGAGUUUAUUUAAUCCCUGUUAAAAGCUAUAGAAGUUUGCACUGGAUUCCAGUAGGAGCUAGAAAAGGUCCUCCACACAUAACUUCUAAUAUGGCAGGUGAGUUUUGCAAUCCAUCUUUGUGCCUGACUGUGUGUAGAACUUUUCACUUAACUAUUGGUGCUAUUUAUUAUAUGGAACAGUAGGCUUAACUGUUCUUCUUUUGUAACUGCAGUGGGUUUGGGUGUCAUAUAACAGCAUAUUGGAAUAUUUUCUGAAAUAUUUUCUUAGUCUUUUCAUUCUAAUGAAUACAUAGGAACUAACCGAUAUCUUUCUUGGAACUGCUAUAUGAGAUCUGCUGCUGCUGUAUUUAGGGGUAAUAAGAAACUGAGGAACUGAAGAAAUACCUAAUGGCUUCUUUUAACUGCCUUGUUUUAACAAAAUGUGGUGUUCUCCUUGGAAUGUUUUUUUUUUAAUCUUAGCUCAUUUACUUGCUCUUACUCUUCUUUCUAUGCUAACACUGGGUAAUACUUUUCUGUAGAAAAAUUCCAUAACUAUUAAAUAGCAAAUAGGUGGCAUAAUCAGCCAAUUGAUUAAAUCAUAUAUAGUUCACUCCUAAGUAGAAAAGCCUCCUAUAGGAUUUUGAGUUUUCCAAAUAUUCGCCAGUAGGUGUCAGUGCAAGCCUGAGAAGAAAAGUUAGAGAUAUCCUUUUUCAAGAGUAAUAGCAUGUGAAUACUUAAGUUCAGUUGUAAAGCAGUAUUUUGUAUAACUACAACACAUUUUGUGCAUGAAACCACAUGCUUUUAAAUAAAAAAUCACAUUAUUUACCCACAGCAUUUUGCCCUUUUAGUUUUCGAAAAAGUUUACAAGUCACUCCUAAAAUUAUUUAUGUAUAAUUAAAUAUUAUAAUAAUUAUUAUUGCUGAUUUGAACAGUGUUGUCCACAAUACUUAUGUGUUCUAAUUAAGAUUUGUUAUAAUCAGAAGUUAGACCCAUUAUCAGAGAUUAAAAUCUUCACUGGUGUUCAGCUUAGUGGAUCAGGUUUUUUGAAGGUUUGAGGCAAAAGUUUAUGCUUAUUGGUAGAGAUUGUGCCAUAAUAAAGAAAUGAGGACUUCUGACAAAAAUUUUGUGACAGAAUUGCCAUACUUAAACUGCACUUUUAAAACAGGCCAGUUAUUUUAUUUGUUUGUAAUGGAAUGAACUUCUCAAAGUAAUAAAGAUGCAGUAGGCUCAGU